CCCAUCACCACGGCGGCUGUGUGGUCGAGAGAAAUUGAGAAAAAAAAAUAAAAUUGCGAGUGACUUUUUUUGUUUCAAGUGCGAGUGAGAAGUUUAAAGACGUAUAGCUAUCCUUGUCUAUUUCGGUUCAUGAUCUUGUGCAGUGCUUUUUUCAUAUUCUUGUGUGUUAUUGUGAAAGUUAUAAAGCAAGUCAAUACCAUGGUCCGAUUUACGGACCUCUGUAAAAAAUUUGGACAAGUAUUCAUCCCUGCGAAAUAUGAUCCUGAUACACAGAAUUCUUAUUUACUAUACACAAGAAAAAAUCCAACAGAGAGUCAAACUCUUUUGCUUGGAAAUGAGAAACUAUUAGAAGCUUCUAACUUCAAUCCAAAUCACAGAACAGCUGUUCUUCUCCACGGAUGGAUAGAUCACCCUGAUGGUAGAUUCAGCAGAAUUGUUCGAUCUGCGUUUUUAGAAGCAGAUGAUAUGAACGUUAUAGUAGUGGACUGGAAGGAUGGUGCGGACAUAGCCAAUUACUUUACUGGGAUCAAAAACACAGUUAAGUCUGGGGAAGGAGUAGCAAGGUUCAUAGCCUGGCUGAAUCACAUGACAGGCGCUGAUCUCUCACUUUAUCACAUAGUUGGAUACAGUAUGGGCGGUCACCAAGCGGGAGUCGUGGGCAGGAACCUUGGCGGCAAAGUUGGAUACAUCACAGGUGUUUCAAAUACUUUGCAGAAUCUCUGCGUUCAGGAGGAUUCACAGGCAGAAGGUGUAGGAACCUCCGUGACGCUAAACUAGGCCGAAGUACAUUACCUGAAACACUGAAAAUGGGAGGUGUUAUACCUAAAACAGG